AUGGACUCUCUUUAUACUUUAUUUGAUUAGUUUAUAAGAAUCAAUUUGAUAAAUUAUCCAUAAAAUUAAUAAGCAUACAUAUUAGAAAGUUGGGAAUUAUUUUUAAGAUUAUUAUAAACUUAACCUCUUGAUUAUGGAAAAAUUUAUACAUUAAUAAAUAGAAUGACUUAUGAAGAUUUAACACCAACAAAAAAUGAAAGAUAAAGUUCUAGUUAAAGAUAAUAAGCUAGAAAUAUUACUGUAGCUUCUUCCCCAAGAAUAAUUUCAUCAUCUGUGUCAAAAAAUAGUAUUGAAAUUGAUAUAUUAAAUUUAAGGUACCAACUUAUUAUAAAAAAUAUCAUAAAUGGACAAUGUAGUUAGUCCAAAAAUUACAGUCUCCAAUCUUACUUGUUAACAAUCAUUAAUUAAUAAAACAUCAUAGUAAUAAAAUGUAAAAUAAUAAGUAUUGUUUCAUGAUAAAAUAGUAAAUGUCAGAAGAGUUUAACAAACAUCUUUUAUUGAGUAAAAUUAAAGAGUUAUAGUUUAAUUAUUCUGUUUCUACAGAUAAGCUAUAUGCAAUUGCAAAAAUAUUAUAAUAGAAAGAUUGUCAGCCAACGUCUAAAUCACCGAUUAAAUAUCCAUUAACAUAAUAUACUAGUAAAUCUAGAGGAAGUAAUCAUAGUGCAGAACAUUAUAAAAUUGUUGCUUGA